AAUGCAAAACAAGAGAGAGAGAGAGAGAGAGGGCGUCGCGCCAUCGUCGUCGUAAUCACAGCAAAGCUUAAAAGAGUCAAAGCCCCUCUCUUCUUCUUCUUCUUCUUCUUUCCCCAGUUGCUCUUUUUCUCUCUAGUUUCUCUCUCUUCAAAUUCCAAAUCUCUCUCUUUCACAGUUUGCGCUCGCAGUCGGAGCCUUUUUUCUCCUCUCAAAACCUAGCUUCUCUUCCUGCUCAAAACCCAAUCUGAAGCUCCGUGAAAGCUCGCCAUUUGUCACCCGUCAUGCGCGGUCCCGAAGUCGUUCAAGACCCUGGCUGUGAUUGAGUUGGAAGCUGCAAUGAGCACCAUAGAGAAGCCGCAGAAAAGUGCUCCUAAAAUUGUCAAGUUGGACAGUGCACUAAAAUUGGCUGAACAAUGGGUUAAUAACAUGACUAAAGCUGAAGAUGAUGAACAGACUGAAGUAGAGGCUCGACCUUCCAGGCUUGGUUUAGGAGCUAAAGUGUCACGCCAGUCCAAGAUUGGACCAUUAAAAGAUCCUCUUGAAAGGAAACUCUAUGCCAAACUGCACGCUCGAACCAAAAGUGCUGAGGAGUCCACCCUGACUGCUAAUAAAGAUGGAUAUGGAGAUGACAGUGAUGAUUCUGAAGCUUUAGAAAGCAGAACCCAAGUGUUUGACAAAAAGAGAGCAGCAAAUCCAGUGACGCCAUCAGUGCAGCAGACAAAGAAAAGGAGGAAGUGACUCUUGACAUUAACAGUGAGUUUGGUAGAGUGGAAAAGAGAGAAACGAAAAUAGGGAAAAUUUUAUAGAGGAAAAUUAAAUUUUAGGUUGU